AUUCAGGGCAAGCACCGACUCUAUCAAGCAGGAAGUAGCCGAUCCAUAGUAAUCUCCUGGAGUGUCACAACACACAAAGUCGAGCUUACCGUGAUAGAACUGAAUAGCCAACAUUGCCAUCAGGGAGGCAGCUACAUCUCUGAAAGAGAAAAAGAGAAACGUACUAUGCUUAUAUAGAGCGUACACGCCGCAUCUGCCACCCUGAAACCUCUCGACUUGACAUCCAGCAACGCAUUUAUAUAAACAUGACCACACUUUCAUUCCAAACAGCCAUCUCUUAUCUGCAUCAUACAACAGUCUGUAUGUCUCGUCUUAAUCUCCAGUCUCGCUCUGGGAGCUACCACACAAUCGUUUCUGCCAGCCAGCAAUUGGAAAAAACAGCAAUGAGGAUCAGGGACUUUGGCCGAUCCGUCAGGGACCAUAUCGCUACAUCAUGGACGCGUCUGGGGAGAAACCGUGAUACGACUCAGCAAGAUCUUGAAUCCGGUAGCAGGGAAAACUUGUUCAGUCGCUUGGAAGCCAGCCGCAGGGAAAUCAUGGUCAGGCGCACCAUCAGGCAAGAAACACACCCUCGGCCUACAGAUCUGCUUCAUGAUCCUUACCCGUCAUUCUCGCCGGUUGAAGGCGUUCACGUUCGUAGGACUGUUUCUUCCGAAUUUACGCACCACCAACUCACCAUUAGGGCCCAAGAAGAGUUCACUCCCCCGGGAUCUCCAACCGGAACAACUCUUGGAAUCCCGGCCGAGCAUCUUCUAGACGAGAACCCUGAAGAGAUGAUGGGUGACAUCAUCCAGGCUCUCCCUCCCAAUUUUGAUAACCCCUUUGUUAGAUCACGGAGGAGUCUCGCAGACAGUGAUGAGAGUUCGGGAACACUUUCGGACGACUCGAUACAAUCUAGCUUUCCCAAUAUUGCAACUCCCGUAACGCAGCCCGGUAGCCCGGUGGGCGAUUCACCCGUACGUGCAGCUACAGGAGCUUCUUUGGGAAGGGAUCCAGACAAUGGACCCGUGGUAUUUGUAGGAGGGGGAUAUGUAACCGACGGUUCAAACGUCAUGUAUAUAUGCAGGCGUUGUGGCGGAGGAACGGCCCAUUACACCCGUGAUCAGUGGGAUCACAUCUUGAGAAUGUCGAGAAAGAUGGGGGAUUAA